CUGAAUAGCCACCAUUUUUCUUCUUCUUCUUUCUCUGCUAAUUUGUCUAAAUUUCGCUAUCAACCUAUUUCGACCAAAACCCAUCGUCGAAGCCUUCAGUCGAAGGGGUUCUUAGCCCUUAGGGUAGAGUCGAAGGACCCAUGCCUUAACAGUGUCCUUAGUUUCGUCAAACGCCGAUUUGACCUAUGAAUUUUAAUAUUCAUCGUUGCGAGUCCUUUUGGGUGUUAGUGUUGUGUUUAUAGUUGUUUUUCACAUCUUACUCGGCCCAUCCCUGCAUUGGUUUUAGUGUUGUGUUUGUAGCUGUUUGCUCCGUUUAGGUGUUUUCGGCUUUCACUUUUUAAAGGAUUUUUACCAAGAUGUCUAUGCUAACAAGUGGUGACGCGGAGGGUCUUCCUGUCGCCUUUGUUGGUUUCCAGCAAAAUCUUUCAUCAAUAGUUGAAGGUCUUGAGUCUCAGGAGGAGGAGAAGAAGAUGUGGGCAAUCCAAAAACUCCGAAUAUUGUUCAAUGACGAUGCCACUUUUCUAGUACAUGCUCUAGAGUCUGGUAUAGUUGUUCCUCUACUUGACGAAAUUCUACGGGGAGAGGAUUCAUUUGCUCUCAAGCUUGAAGCUGCUAACGCUGUCAUGGACAGUAUUCCUGAUAUGAUGAAGUUAGAUGAUUUGGUGAUUGAUAGUAAGUUGGUGGAACUUCUUUUAAAGCUUCUGCAUUUUCCAGCUGAAAAUGUUUGUGAGCAGGCGAUGGAGAAACUGAGAAUCGUUGCUCUCUCCCCUGUAGGUCGUGGUUAUGUUCUUACGUGCAUGGCUUUGGAUAAUUUACUGCAUAUUUUGACCUAUUGCAACAUUUUAUUGCUGAGAAAAGCCACGCAGACUAUAUCAGUGCUUUCUAGAGGCACACCAAAAGUGCCUUCUGUGAAGGUGAAACCAGCAAUCCAAGCUCUUUGUUUACUUGUUACUUCAAAUGAUGAUCGAGAGGUGCUAAGAAACGCAUGCUGGGCACUUUAUUACCUCUCUGGUGGUAUUGAUGAGGACUUAGAGGCAUAUUGCAAUAGCAAAAGUAGCAUCAGUCAUUCUGUUGUGAGCCAGAGUGAUAUUGUUAGUGGCCUCUUUGAGAUUCCGGUGCUGCUUAAGCUCUUAGAAGAUCCCUCUCCUUCUGUAAUCGCCCCUGCCAUCCGUAUCCUUUCAAGUAUUUGCCGAGGAGAUGACGGCCAGAAAGAGGAACUGAUGAAAGCCCGUAGCAUUUAUGGCCGUGACGUCCUUCAUUGCCUGUCGGACUUGCUAGAUAGAGGAAAAGAGGAAAGGUUGGUAUGCCUGUGUAUAGCAUAUAUUACUCUUGGGAGCAGUCAACGGGCAAAGGCUGUAGCUGAUGCUGCUUGAUUAAUGGAAUCCGGAACCAAAAUGUGGUUUCUUUUUUACUCAAAAUACGCAAAUAAGUGUUAAAAAAAAGUUACCAAAUUAUAUAUAAUGCCACAAAUAGUGGCGCUAUACAGUAACGUUAACUGCACCGUUACUGUAUAGUGGCGCUAUACAUAGUAAAGCUGACACACCUUACAUAGCGCCAUCAAUAGUGGCGCUAUACCCUUUAUUACCAUCACACAUAGCGCCACUAUUAAUGGCGCUAUACCCCUUAAUACAAAUCCUCCCGUCUUCUUCUUCUUCGUUUCAUCUCCCUCAUUUCUUACUCCCUUCUGGUCCCCCCCCUCCCCGAUUCUGCCCCAAUUUAAAUUUUUUUUUUGGGUCCCCCCG